AUGGCAGAUUCGAGCAAGGGAAAAGGGAUUGAAAGGGUGCUUUGGUGGAGGCUUCCUUGCAUCUUGAACGAGGCGGUUUCACUUCAUAAUGUUGGCUUAGAAAUUAGAGAUAUCACCUCCAGGCUUUCUAAGAUAGCUGCAAGCAUGCGAGACUAUGGUAUAAAGGAAGCUAUGGAAGGGGAUGCCAAAUCAAGCACAUAA